UUAACUUGUGGUGGUAUGAAUGAUGUGGAGAAGAUGAGCAGUGGGUAAGUUUCUGAUUGGAUAUAGUUACCAGCUAGCCUUUGCAUUGCUUGCACAAUCAAAACUAAACACACACAUAAGUUACCACUUCAUUCAUCUAUCUAUACAUAUAUAUAAACCUGGAUCAGAUCAACACUGUCAUUAUAUUAUGUUCAAUAAUCCAAAUUCACUUCUCCAAUUUACUGAUCCAAUCCCCAAUGGCAAUUAAGAUCAUUCUCCUCCUCCUUUUUCCUCUCGCCGCCGUUCUUGUCCCUGAAACAGCCGCCGCCAUGUCGGCGGCGAUGAGGAAGCCAGACGCCGGCGCCGGUAAUAUGCACAAGAUGUUCUUCCGCCACCGCGUCUUUCCUCCCUAUCUCGGCGGAGGGCCGAAGGGUCUCAUCCCUGGGGGCGGUCUGGGUGGAGGGUCGUCAUCGUCGUCUGGUGGUGGCGCCGGAGCUGGCAGUGGAGAGCCUGGGAGCGCCGGAAAGUUCUUCCGUGGCAUCCGAGCCGCCGGCGAAGCCUCCCGCGCACUUAACCGUGUAUACAACGGCGGUGUAGCAGCGGCGGGGAUGUGAAAAUGGGUGCCGCUUUCCCGAUGCCUUGAUCGCCGGUAGAGCUCGUCGUCGUCCGAUGUCAACGUGCAUGUUAAAGCUUUAUUGUUUGUUAAGGACUUAAGGUUGUCUGUUUUGAAUGUUUUAUUGUCUUGGUGUUCGAUCAAUAAUGUAUCUAUCUCGUAAUUCUCUGUUCCUCAACUAAUUAUGCAUGUGCUGAAUAAGCUAAGUGGAUUAUAAUCACAUAUUUACUCUACUCAAUUAA